CAAAGAUUUAAUUCAAGGCUGUAAUGGUGAUAAGAAUGUGAACUUCUGGAUGUUGCAGCAAUUAUUUCGAAGCGAAAACAAAAGAACAUUAGGAAAAUAUAUUUCCUCGUCUUCAAUAAUAAUGGUUAAUGUUUAAACUUCCAAAGUCGAGAUUUGACUUGAAUUCGUUUUAGUGUCCAUAAAUAAUAUUGACGACAAUGAUGAUAAUGCUUUUUACUUAAGGCAUAAGGCCUGUAAUUUGGUUGCGAGGUGUAAUUCUAUCGCAUGGGCCACUGUGUCUUAUUUUGUUGACCUCAAAUGGAUGACCACGGUUUCCUCGUCACUUUCUGAAAACUCGGUAUUUUUUAAUGAAAUCUAUUGCUUUUUUUCAGAUGAUUACAGUUAUUAUAUUUUUCAGAUGGUGUAGUUUGUGAUUGUGGAGGCACAAUGGCCUAGUGGUUAGGGCGUUGUGAAUGUUUAUUGAGCGAAAAUACCUAAAGCCCCACGAGGCUCAGACAGGGGAUGGUGGCGAACCCUGCUGUACUCUUCCACCACAACUUUCUCUCACUCUUUCUUCCUGUUUCUGUUGUGCCUGUAAUUCAAAGGGUCAGCCUUGUCACACUGUGUCACGCUGAAUAUCCCCGAGAACUACGUUAAGGGUACACGUGUCUGUGGAGUGCUCAGCCACUUGCACGUUAAUUUCACGAGCAGUUCUGUUCCGUUGAUUGGAUCAACUGGAACCCUCGACGGAGUGCCAACACACAACAGCAGUUUGUGAUUAUAUCCAAAUUUGUUCUGAAAAUCUGUUUUCGGGUACUGUGCAGCGCGGGAGAAUUUCAUAUGAUUUACACACCUAAGUCUUGUUUCGUCAUAAUUUACUGAAGGAGUUGUUCUAAUGAAAUUUUGUACAAGUACCAUUCCAGUGGUAUAGAUUACGAUUAUGUCGGAAUUUGUUGUGAAAAUCUUUCUCUCUCUCUCUCUCAAAUAUUCUCUUUUAAACAAAUUCAAAAGUAUCUCAUCCUCUGCAGGUCGUUUAGCAUGCUAGAAACAGCAGUCGUUACAUGGCUUUAUCAUAAGACCUGUAGCAUGACAAACCAGAUGGUUUUUCCUUUUAAGUACAUUUAUUUGUUGGAUUGAUAAUAAAACUAAGACAAUCCACAGAAACAGACAAAUAGACUUGGAUAUCCAGAGAAAGUAAAACAUACUCAUACAGAAUAUCUUCAUUCAAACGUGCCUCUGAUGUUUUUUAUCGACUUUCCUUGACUGAACGAAGACCAUAUAUUUAUAAGAAGCAUUCAGCAAUACAUCAAACUCUUUCUAUAAAUUAGAUCUUCAACAAAUGAUGGGGAAACAGUUCUUCUGCACAUUGUAUUUCACAGCAACAUUUUUUUUGUCUUCACAGUUUGUAAUGUAGAGGAGAUUAUCAAUUAACAGAUUAAUUAACAUUGGAUAACUUUACAAAGGAUUUAACAGUUUACAUCUUCUGUUUUGGAUAUUAAUUAAGAUCACAAAUGAAAGAAACAUAAAAUUAAAUUAUUCUCCAAAAAUAGUGACACACCUAAAUAAAAACAUCCAUAGAAUUUGAAAGAAACACUAUCAUUUUGGUAUUUAUGACAAAUUAUUCUCUCAUAAUGAAUAAUUUAACUGAACCAAAAAACCCUGAUACAAGAGAGAAGCCAUAUCAUUGUGAUAUCUGUGGUAAAUCAUUCAGUGAAGAAAGAGUCUUAACUAAACACAAAUGCAUUCAUACAGGAGAGAAAUCACAUCGCUGUGAUAUCUGUGGUAAAUUAUUCUUUAAAAGUAGUUCUUUGACUAUUCACAAACGUAUUCAUACUGGCGAAAAGCCAUAUCAAUGUGAUGUCUGUGAUAAAUCAUUCUCUCAAAGUGGUUCUUUGACUUAUCACAAAAGUACUCAUACGGUGGUAAAACCAUAUCAGUGUGAUAUCUGCAGUAAAUUAUUUUCCACAAAAGGCAUUUUAACUGCUCAUAAACGUAUUCACAUUGGGGAAAAACAAUAUCACUGUGAUGUCUGUGGUAAAUCAUUCUUUCAAAGUGGUUGCUUGACUAGUCACAAACGUAUUCAUACUGGAGUAAAACCAUAUCAUUGUGAUAUCUGCAGUAAAUUAUUUUCCACAAAUAGCACUUUAGUUCGUCACAAACGUACUCAUAUAGGUGAGAAGCCAUUUUAUUGUAAUAUCUGUGGUAAAUCAUUUGCUCAAAAUAGUGACUUGACUAAACACAUACGUGUACAUACAGGAGAGAAGCCAUAUCACUGUAAUAUCUGUGGUAAAUCAUUUGCUAGAUAUAGUUACUUGUAUAGUCACAAACUUAUUCAUACUGGGGAAAAACGAUAUCAAUGUGAUAUCUGCAGUAAAUUAUUUUCCAGAAGUGGCACUUUAGUUCGUCACAAACGUACUCAUACUGGGGAAAAACCAUAUCAAUGUGAUAUCUGUGGUAUAUCAUUUGCUCAAAGUGGUGACUUGCCUAAACACAAACGUACUCAUACAGGAGAGAAGCCAUAUAGUUGUGAUAUCUGUGGUAGAUCAUUUUCUGGAAGUGGUGAUGUGACAAAACACAAACGUACACACACAGGAGAGAAGCCAUAUCAUUGUAAUAUCUGUAGUAAAUCAUUUUCUGAAAGUAGCCAUUUGAUUACUCACAAGCGUAUUCAUACUAAGGAAAAACCAUAUCAGUGUGAUGUUUGUGGUAAAUCAUUCUCUCAAAGUAAUGACUUAACUAGACACCAUCGCAUUCAUACAGGAGGGGAACCAUAUCAUUGUAAUAUCUGUGGUAAAUCAUUUUCAGAAAGUAGUACUUUAACUUGUCACAAACGUAUUCAUAUAGGAGAGAAGCCAUAUCAUUGUAAUAUCUGUGGUAAAUCAUUCUCUUCAAGUAGCUCUUUGAUUAGUCACAAGCGUAUUCAUACUAAGGAAAAACCAUAUCAUUGUGAUAUUUGUGGUAAACUAUUUUCUUACAACAAAACUUUAAAUAAUCACAAACGUAUUCAUACAGGAGAGAAGACGUAUCAUUGUGAUAUCUGUGGCAAAUCAUUCUCCCAAAGUGGGGUCUUGUCUAAACACAAACGUACCCAUACAAAGAAGGGGCCAUAUUAUUCUGAUAUCUGGUGA